CCAACCCAUCUCUCCAUCACCACACCACUCCAUCCUCACAACACUACUUUUUCUCCAAACUUAGAAAAUUAGGGUUUGAGAGAGAGAUAGAGAGAAACAUGGCUUCGAAGAGCUCAGCAUCACUUGGUCUCUUUCUAGUACUCAAUCUUCUCUUCUUCAACCUUGUUGCCUCAUGUGGCACUUGUCCUCCCAACCCAAGGCCCAGGCCAACACCAAACCCCAGGCCAACGCCAAACCCCAGGCCAACACCAAACCCCACCCCAACCCCAUCUCCUUCUUCAGGCAAAUGCCCUGUUGAUACCCUUAAGUUGGGUGUGUGUGCUAAUGUUCUUGGUUCAUUGCUUAACGUAACCCUUGGUAAACCCCCAAAGACUCCAUGCUGCAGCCUCCUUGGAAACCUUGUUGAUCUUGAAGCAGCUAUUUGCCUUUGCACUGUCAUCAAAGCUAGUGUUUUGGGCAUCAACCUUAAUAUCCCACUUUCAUUGAGCUUGCUUGUUAAUUAUUGUGGAAAGAAUGUUCCACAAGGCUUCCAGUGCCCUUGAAGAAUAUAUAUGAAUUAUAUUCCUUAACUAAUUUCAUUUUGUACUAGUCCUUCAUUAUCUAUUGUUUUGGUGUGCAACUUUUUGGGUUGUUUAUUUUUAAAGUUUGUUGUUGAAUUACUCUUGUGAUGUAAAGGGUGACUGCUUAUAGUUUCCCUUAAGUCUUAUUUGAGUGUAAUGAAGUCUUAUUUGAGUGUAAGAGUGACUAUAAACUCUUUUUUCCUUAAUAAAAAUUCCUUCUUUUAUUAUUUUAAA